AUGGCUACAUCACCUACUAGUUUUCAUUUUGAGAAGCAGACUAUAUUACCUUCAUCUGACCCAAAAAGUCCAUUCUUUUGUAAUCUCCCUCCAUAUGAUACCAAACCCAUCGAUCGAUUAGUGGAAUUUUUCAAGUACUGGAAAUACUUCAUCAAGGCUAUCUUGUACUACUUUAAAGAAAUCGUUCUUGUCAAAGAAUUAGAAGCGAAUUUGAAUUACCAAUUAAUCAGUGCUGUACAAUUUCCAGGGUUUAAGGAUUUACCUCCAAAGAUAUUACAAGAUAUUCUGAUCAACAAUGGGACCAAUUCACCAAAAGCAUCGACCCCAACCAACGAAUUGAAGAAAACAUUAUCAAACUCAAGUGUUUCCACCGUUGGUACUACAUCUAGUGAUAAACGUCCAGGAUUGUUUAAACAAAAAUCAAAUGGAAGCAAUACUUCCUUCCUCAAGGCUGCAAACCCCCUCCACAAAAGAAACGUAUCUUUAAACUCCCUUCGCCAAGUCACUACUGCAGUAGGCGCAGUUGCAGCUCCACCAACACCUCCACAGCCACCUGUACCUACCAACACUUUGCCACCAAUCCCUAAACUUGAACCGACUUCUGACGUCAGAAUCCCUGAGACUUACUUCCCCGAUGAUUCAUUGUAUACAAACUUCCCAUCGAUGUUGCUUAGUUCCCACCAAUCGGCAUUCAAUAACAGUUAUAAGCUCAGCAAGGAGUUAAACACAAAGUUGAUCCCACGUUUGGAAAUGUUGUUGAAACAACUCUCCCACAAGAUUAAAGAAAUCAAGACUUCUUUGAAAAACGAAUCAUUUGCUAACGACGAUUUGUUGAAGGAUAUUUCCAAAACCGGUCAAGUAUUGUCUGCUUAUAUGGAAGCUGUUGAGCUUUAUUCCAAGGACAUUCCCGUCACCAAGAAAUGUCUUUCUGAUGGUGAAGAAAUCGGGGUGUUGGAUGACCCCUUGUUGGUGAAAUUACGUGUUGACUACCGUUUGAAGAACCAAUUGAUCUUGGAAAACUACAUGUUUGCUUCAUACAUAAACUUGCAAAACAUAUCAAGGGAUUUGUUCACCUACGUCUUGAAAGAAUUGACUUGGGUGGUUGAUAAGUUUGGGAAACUCAACUUCAACUCGGAGUACUACCAAUUUUUGAAAUCCAAAGUCAGUGCAUCUUCAACUCAAGACUGGAAGUAUUACAUUUCCCACAAUUCGUGUUUUGUCAACACGUACGAGUCCACUCCAGAGAAUCCAAAGAGAGAAAACAGAAGUGUCAAAUCCAUUGUGCUUCCAUAUACCAACUCUAUCCACUCGAAAUGUAUCCGAUUUGGUAUCUUGUACAAAAAAUCCAAGUUGAUGAAAAGCUACACGAGACAUUACUAUGUGUUGUCAUGUAACUACCUCCAUGAAUUCAGAUUCGAUGAAGAUGUCAAUGUUGCUAGCAAAAAAUCCAAGGACAAGAUUGGUGGAUUUGUUGGUCAUGAUGACGAACCAUUGAAAUCAUAUAACCUUAACGAGUAUAGCAUUAGUUGCAAGGAUAGUGACGGGUUCAAAUUUGUCCUUACCAAGAAUAACAACAAGUCGUCCAAAAAGACCUUCAAAUGUGCCACAGAAACAGAUUUCAACAACUGGUUUGCGGAUUUAUCUGAUUUGUUAAAAUUUGGAAACAAUCACUACGAAAGAUACUCGUUUGUGCAAAAGAAGGUCCAUCUCAAGAAAUCAUAUACUCUUCCAGAAAAGAGAGGUGGGUUCAAGUUGGAAUUGGACAAUUUGCUGACCCCAGCAUUGACUGGUAUGUUUACCCCCAAGAUUCAAACACCAAAAGAUUCUCCUACCGAAGAGAACCCAUUCGAAGGCAUGUUGUCUGAUCUUAAGGUACACACCGCCAGUGGCACUACUCCUACUGAGACCCCAUCCAAGAUGACACCGGAAGGAUCGUCAGCCAAUCUCGCACUUGAUGCUCAACAUCGUGACUACCUCAAGUUGCAACAAGCAUUCAUGAAACAGCAACAAGAGAUUUUGGAUUUGAAAACCAAAGAAGCACAAACCAUGGAGUUGAUUCAAAAGAAGUUGGAAAAUAUCCAAGAACAGCAGAGUCCAUAUUUGGGUCCUGCCAGGAACUCGUCAGAUUCUCUUUCUUCGUUUGUCAUGCCGCAGCAGACAGUUCAUGCUGCACAUCAGGUCAUUUCAAACCAUUUGCAACAGCAUUCUGAUUUGCCAGUUAACUUUGAUUUCGGGGAAACCGACGGAAACAAAACCGAUCAAUCGGUUCCUACAUUAUUAGUUAGUCAAGAUCAUUAA